AUGCGAAGUACUGGUAAACUGGAGAGGAACAAUUCAUCCCUCAAUACAAACAUCCUGAAAGCAUAUCAUUGUGGUCAUUGUCCACUGGAGUGGUUUACAUAUUCCAACAACUGCUACUACAUUAGUACUGAAAAUAAAACAUGGAUUGAGAGUGGGCUGGCCUGUGCUUCUAAAAACUCUAUCCUGCUUUAUAUAGAUAAUGAAGAAGAAAUGAAAUUUCUGAGUUUCAUGUUACCACCAUCAUGGAUUGGAAUUUUUCGUAGCAGCAGUGGUCAUCCAUGGACGUUGAUAAAUGGUUCAGCUUUCAAACUAAAUUACAGAAUAGCAGAAUUAUCAUCUGAUAAAGGUGACUGUGUUCUGCUACACCUAUAUGGCCUCACAUCAUGGAGUUGUGGAGCUCCAAAAAUAUAUAGUUGCAAACAUAAGCUUUAG